GUGGGUACCAAUUUACAUAUUAUUGAACAUUUUGGUCCUUUUUAAUCUUGCUAUUACUCCCUACACUAUCCUCACUCUCCUCUCUCUUUGAACAAUGGAAAAUGGAUUACCUUUACUUCAUUGUCUCUUGCAGCAUACCCUAAGAACAAUUUGCUCAUUUCCUAGUUCUUCAAAUUCUUCCAAAUGGGUGUAUGCUGUCUUUUGGAGGAUAGUACCAAGAAAUUUUCCUCCACCAAGGUGGGAAUUUGGAGGAACUUCUCUUGAUCGCUCCAAGGGAAAUAAAAGAAAUUGGAUUAUUGUAUGGGAAGAUGGAUUCUGUGAUUUUAAUGAAUGUGAGCAAAGGAGGAUUGCCAAUGGAUACUUGAAUGACAAAUUUGGAGCUGAUGUAUUCUUCAAAAUGUCUCAUGAAGUUUAUAGUUAUGGAGAAGGAUUAGUGGGAAAAGUUGCAGCAGAUAAUGGUCACAAAUGGAUUUAUAGGGACACUAAAAAUGGGUGUGAACCUAACUAUAUUGGUCAUUGGAAUGCUUCAAUUGAUCAUCAACCAAGGGCAUGGGAGUUUCAGUUAAAUUCAGGCAUUCAGACUAUUGCUGUCAUUGGUGUCAGAGAAGGCUUAGUACAACUUGGUUCAUUUAACAAGAUUGCCGAAGAUCUUGAUUUGGUUAUCAACAUACAAAGGAAAUUCAGCUACCUCCAAACCAUACCAGGAAUGUUUUCCAUUCAAAGACCACCAAACCUACCUAUCCAAAAUCCAUGCAUUACCAAACCCAAUUUCCAAAUUAUGGAAACCAAUGAAAUUUCUCAACAUAGCUUCAAUAAGAACGAAGUAACCAAACUCAAUAAUAAUAUGCAUGAUGAAAAAUCCAACUAUUUAUCCAUGUUAGCCAUAAACUUAGGUAGAAAUUCCUCACAAAUUGGAACAUCAUUGCCACCACCUCUUUGGUCAGCUCCACCUUCUUUGCCUAACAUGUCAUGCAAUCUUGGAGCAAUGAUUUCAACAUUUCCCACUCAAUCACAUAACAAUCUCACUCAACUUCAUGAAACCAAUAGGAUCAAUAACACAAGCCAGAAAGUGAAGAUUGAAGAGGGCACAUUUCAUGUUGCUAGUUAUUAUGGAGAUCAAAAAGGAAAUGUGGGGUGGUCCUAACCUAUAAAGUACAGCAAAGGUGAGACGGCCUCAAGGGAAUAAAGAAGAGCUUAAGAAAGGAUAGAAUGCAAGUGGGGUGGGACAAUGUGUCAGAGGUAUCCCUAUGAAGAGUGGUGUUCCAUUUUGUGGGCUGUUUUUUGAAAACGAAAUGCAAGAAAAGAGUGAUAAUUGAAAUUGUAAGUCUGCAUCAAGGUGCUGUAGGAGACAAUUAGUAUUUGCUCUUAUGGUCCCCAACACCCAACACUAUAAUGUUUUUAAUCCAAAAAUUCUAAGGUCUAUGAUUGAAUAAAUACAUACAUGAUAUAUGGACAUGUGCUAAAAUGACAUUGGGG